GGUAAAGCUCGCAGUUAAAAAAAAGACUGCUUCGCGAGAUUCCGGGGUGGCUAACGUUACGUUAACUAGCUUGCUGUGACAACCACAGUGACACCGGUCGUGGCUAUUCGCCUACACCUGCAAACGUUUCGCCGGUAUUUUAAGUCAUUCAGUGAAAUUCUAAAAGAAACUGCACACAGAAGGGUCCUGUUUGUCGACUUGAAGCGCCCUCGCCACCCGUCGGACUGUCCGCGGUUCUCGUCCUUUAAUCGGCCAGGUACUGUCCAACCUCAUCCUGCCCCACUGUGGAUCUUUAAGCCCACAGGCAGGACAGUGGCAGAGGCACAGCCAGAGCCAUCAGGGAUUAGACCAGCAGGCAGCAGGGCUCCAUGAACACUACGGUGCAGCAGCAGGGGGGGAGCCUGCGUUCUCGCCGAGGCCUUGGUCGGGAUAAGGACCCUGGGCAGAGCAUGGGUAUGGAGACGGCCUGCUGGCUUGCCCCUGGAGUGCUGCGAAGGCUGAUUGAGCUGCCGUCACCUCCCCUCUCCCGACACCAGCUCAAGAGACUGGAGGAGCACAGGUACAGCAGUGCUGGACGCUCCCUCCUGGAGCCUCUGAUGCAGCGUUACUGGGAAUGGCUGGUGGGACGAGUCCCCUCUUGGAUUGCUCCAAACCUUAUCACCAUAAUCGGCCUUGCCACCAAUGUCUUCACCACCCUGGUGCUGGUCUACUACUGCCCAACUGCCACUGAACAGGCUCCUCUCUGGGCAUACCUGCUGUGUGCUGUGGGUCUGUUUGUCUACCAGUCAUUGGACGCCAUAGACGGGAAGCAGGCCAGACGCACCAAUAGCAGCUCUCCGCUCGGCGAGCUGUUUGACCACGGCUGCGACUCCCUUUCCACUGUGUUUGUGGUGUUGGGAACCAGUAUAGCAGUGCAGAUGGGCACCAACCCAGACUGGAUGUUCUUCUGCUGCUUCGCCGGGAUGUUUAUGUUCUACUGUGCCCACUGGCAAACCUAUGUGUCAGGAACGCUGCGCUUCGGCAUCAUUGAUGUGACUGAGGUGCAAAUCUUCAUAAUAAUCAUGUAUUUGCUGGCCGCCGUGGGAGGAUCUGCUUUUUGGCAGUCACUGAUUCCGAUCCUCAAUAUCCAGAUGAAAAUGGUUCCUGCCAUCUGCACAUUUUUAGGAGCCAUCUUCUCCUGCACCAAUUACUUCAGAGUCAUUUUUACAGGAGGUGUGGGCAAAAACGGAUCCACAAUAGCAGGAACCAGCGUCCUCUCUCCAGUCUUACAUAUUGGUUCAGUUAUAAUUUUGGCAAUGAUGAUAUACAAGAAGUCUGCUGUCCAGCUCUUUGAGAAACAUCCAUGUCUUUAUAUCCUGGCAUUUGGCUUUGUCUCGGCCAAAAUCACCAAUAAAUUAGUUGUAGCACAUAUGACAAAAAGUGAGAUGCAUCUCCAUGAUUUAGCCUUCCUGGGACCAGGAUUAUUGUUCCUGGAUCAAUAUUUCAAUAGUUUUAUUGAUGAGUACCUGGUGCUGUGGAUCGCAUUGAUCAUUUCCUUUUUUGACUUGGUGCGUUACUGUGUCAGUGUUUGCAACCAGAUUGCCUGCCAUCUUCACAUUUUUGUUUUCAAAAUCAAGCCUUGUUCAGUGCUCAGUUCAGCUCCUCACUGAGGACACGGCGGCCAUUACUGACUCUGUCCCUUCCUGUUAGUCGCACUCAUCUUUUCUUCCCUCUGUUUUCCACGUAGAGAUGCAGGGGAUGAUGUGGUGUUUGUAUGUGCUUCUGCCAACUGAAUGUAAGGACAAAUAUUAUAAGAUACUGGAGUAUUACUGUCUUUUUUUUUCACCAGUGUAGAAUUAAAUUUUGUACCAGUUUCACCAUCUGACCCAGUAAUAAGAAUUCUUCCUACAAACUCAUGGUUACACAGAGCAAAUAUUUCAUGAGAGUACAGGUGCUACAGGAGAGAAACUUAAGCGUGUUUUAACUGUUCUUGUGCAAAGAAAAUGUAUAGGAAAUGAAUCACAAUUUGCUAUUCAUGAUUAUAAUUUUUGUAAUAUUUGCGCGACUUUACCUUUUGCUAUUGUACAUACCAAACUGUUAGGGUGUCUGUGCUUCUCGUUUAAGUUAAAAAUCCUGCUUUGACGCAUUUAUAAACUUUUUUUUUUCUUUUUUUUUCAUGUUCUUGAUUUUAAAACGCCUUUAUCUCCUUCACAUCACAUGAAUCUGUGCAGCUGUUUCACGUCAGGAAAAUGUGGUUUUGGAGGAAAUGUAAUGUCAACUUUGUUACGUAUUUUACUUAUCAAAAUGUCCUUCUGCGAAAUAGUCACUGCCAAUGUUUUUCAUUUAGUUUGUCAACUGGAACUCCUUGGUGGAAAUGCCACGUGGGCUUUUUUUUGGGUGCUAUUCAAGGCAGGGUAAAGAUUUUGUGUGUAUUUAUUGUCAUAAGUAAUGUUAUUUGCCGAUAUGUUCGUUAUGAGGAUUCUGAUUUGGUUAGCGGUUCACGGAGUUAGGUUAUAGUCACAGGUCAAGAGAGGUCAAGAGGGAAAGACACAACAGCCAACGUUUUUUUCCACUUAGAAGUUUUCACAUAUAAAUCAUCUAAACUCAAAGCUUAAGAUGGCCCCCGAUUAAGAGGCGUGUGGAGAAAAGGUGCAGCUACAAAGUUGGCCUUUGAGGUCCAGAGUGAACUUUGAUACUCGGAUGUUCCCUCAUUUUGCAGUUUGUAAGAACAAAGCUCAAGGUGUUUUAAAGAGAAUGUGAACAGGCCCGUCCUUCUUAGGGGCUGUGGGUAUUUUGAAUCAGUUCUAAGCUCAGAGUUCUCCAUCACUCCGUUAGCCAUCACUCUGCUGAUUAUCAUCUUCGUUAUUAUUAUUAAUGUUAUUACUGUUACAUAGGUCUGUCAUUGUCAACAAAUCCCAUGAAAUUUUGUCUCUCAGUGCUUUCUGACCCCCCUGAUGUGUUCAUUUAAAAAAAAAAAGUAAUUUCAGUAAUUUCCUUAAACAAUUGCUAUAUAGGGGCUAUUUUCAUUGUGGAUUAAUCCAUAUUUUCAGUUCUAGUGAGUAUUUUCAGCAGCAGGAGGGUGUAUGUGGCACUGAAUCUAAAUCCAGUGUGUAUGGCCAUGGUAAUGAACGGACAUGUCUGCAGCAGUGUUGCUCUCUUGAAUUUCUUUAAUAGCUCUGUGGCACAGAGCAAGAAGAUAUUCAGAUUUUGGAUGCACAGACAGAUUCCUGUUAGUGGAUCAUUUCAUUGUUGACCUUGGUCUUUUCAUAGGAUUUGUUGGCUAAUAACCAGACCACUUCUUUACCUGCCACCUUUACCAUUACACUGAAUGUUACACUCCUUCUUGUAUUUCUGGUGGAUGCCACUACAAAGACUGAAUCACCGUUUUAAAAAUGUGUUCAUGAUACCAGAACCUGGUUGACACUGUGUUUCCCCCAAAACAUGCCUGCUACAGCUGAGCAGGUGCACUUGGACUGAAUAUGUUGGAGAUAAGUUCUCACGAUGACAUUACCAUUUUUAAGGUGGUGACUGAUGAGAAUCAGAUCAAACUUUCUGACAAUUGAUUUAAAAAGCUGUUUAUUUAAAGUGGCUGCUGCUCACUCCACCUCCACAUCUACCAACAUCAUCUUAUACUGUCACAGCACCUUAUACUGACCGGGUGUUGUUAAUGUUGCUGCUUCUGGAGAGAACCUGUACUGAUAGCUUGUAUUAAUGUGGACAACAUCUUUGUGCUUAACAACAGAGAUUCAUUUCUUGCUUUUGCAUAUUGUGCCUGUUUUAUUUGUGUUUCAUACAACAGUUCCAUCUGCAGACACUGUAAUAAGCCACUGCAAUUUGUUAAAGUGUUCUAGAAGAUGUUGGCUGUAGUGAGGGUCAUUAGUGUACAAUACUUCAGAACAGGGCGGUUUGGUCGUGAACCACAGUUAUCUGAACACUGUUGGUCUGAUUCAUAGAAAACAGUGUUGAAGGGUCAAUUCAUAUGAGUCACAAACAUAUUUGUCCUCGGCUGCCUUCUGGUAUCUUAAGGUGGAUUAUUAGAGAAUUACCAAGAAUAUUAUGAGAUUUAUAGAAUGAAUUUAAAUGACUAAAAUAAAGGUUUAGUUUUAUGUUAAAAAAGAUUAUGCAUAUAAGGUAUGGAAUUUAGAAAAAGAUCAGAAGAAAAAAGUGCUUUCAAGGUUAUGGUUUCAGUAUUUUGAAAAUGUAAUAAUUAUGUGAUAAUUAAGAUCUGAAAAGGUUGAAACAACAUUUCAAGAAAAAGCUGUGAUACUUUGUGAAAAUAGGAAAACAAAUUCUUUUCUUUUGAAAGUUGCCAAUGUUGGGGAAAAAUUCCAAAUUGUAUGAAAAAGGGAAAUUUGGCCAAAAAAAAAAAUUCAGUAUUUUUACAAUAGUUUUUUCUGAUGGAGUCGUUUCAAUACCUGCAGCACUACAAACUUAAUUCCAUCCACCUCUGUUGUAUGAGGCUUGAAGGCAGACGUUUCAGUGGAGAUCUUAAUAUCUUGACGUAUAAAAGACAAUUUACAUGAUUAGCUACUAAUUGGGGUUUUUAAUGGGGAAUUUAUAUUUGUAAUUUGUGUGAACGAACCCUUAAAGGAAGAGCUCGACGGUGGCAUAACUAAAGACACACUUCUCUUCGAGUGCUCUAAUAUGACAGAUCAAGUGGGUGUUUUCAUGCUUUAUUUUCCACAGUGGAUGUCUCUUACAGUCAUGUCUGUUCACACUGGGUGUUGGGGGAGAAAAUGGGAAAAUAAUAGUAAUAAUAAUUAUCCCCUAAUCUGCAUGUGUAUCAUACUGCUGUACAAUUUGUACUAUAGCUUUGUAUAACUCACGACCUGAAACCCACAACUGAACAACUUUUCAUAAUAACUCUGUGUAUAUGCUCAUGUGCAUAUAGUUACUGAUGUCAGGUCAACUCUUUCAUUGUUACUAGUAAAAGUUUGCCUUAAA